AUGUUCUCUUCACCCUCUAAAAACUCACUCAACAAUCGACGAUUACCAAUUUCCGUAUUAUUCCAUCAUCCCACAAGUGUCUUGAAUCAUUCCCAUUCGACAUCAACAACUAGUAAUAAUAAUAACAACAACAACAACUCGUCUUGUUCCUCUCCGACCUCACUCUAUCCAACCUCUCCUUCUUCUCUUUUAAUCACUUCUUCACCUUCAUCCAUUAAUAAUUCUCAUCAUCCACGUUCUCCAUCCUUUACUUUGUGUCCAACUUUACCACAAAAUUCUUCUUCUUCUAAUCAAUCUCUGCCAACAACGAAUAACAACAAUAACCAUCAUCAUCAUCAUGGAAAAAGAUCUUCCAUCUUGUCCGUUUCCUCCUCUUCAUCAUCCACUGAAAAAUCGAAUGAAGAGAUUUCGGUAUCAACAACAUCUUCGUUCCAUGGAAAUUCAAAACAUACUCGUGAAAAAACUACUGUGGUUGUGAUGGAUUCUGUUGAUGAUCAUGCAGCAUCGUCGGAUCCACUGGUGCCAUCGAAUGGUUCCAUUUCUGAUCCAGCCUCUCAUUCAGAAAGACAUGAUCGAAAGGGAAGAUCUCUUUCGAAAAUUACCAAAGAUUUGAAAGAUAAGCAACAACAACAACUCUCUCAUUCAACGAAUCAUGAUUCUCUAGGGAAUCUCGAUGAGAAUGGAUCCGUUCUUUCAAAAACAAUGGCGAAUCAUUCACACAUGGUUUCAACAACACAUUCGGAGCUCCUAAAUUCCACUCAAAAUCAUCAUCAGGAACAACAACAACAACUCCUUUCGACGACCAUGACAGAAGAUUCCUCCGAACAGCAACAUCCAGAAAACUCUCACGAAAAACCAAGUCUCAAACGAAGAAUGAGCUCCUUCCUGUUUCGGAAAUCUCUCACUCAUGAACCAAGUGAGGUCACUAAAAGUUUUAAAUUGUCGACCAAUGCUGCUCGAAAGUCAUUGACAGGUGCUGUGACAGCUUCUUCCCCUCAAUUGAAUGGAGAAAAUGCUCACAUGCCUAAACAAACGUCGUCCUCCAUUUCGAAAUCUUCUCGACAAAGUUGGAGUAAGAGUUUCUUUUCUUCCAAAAACAAAGUUAAGGAAAAUGUUCACUUGAUGUCAAAUGUCUCUUCUGCACAACAGCAAGGUCUGAAAAAUUCCACACAUCAUCCUUCUCCUCAACCACAACAUUCAAGAUUCUCUUCUGGUUCUUCCAAUAGCUCUGCAGCUUUAACCAUUGUUCAUUCGAAUGGCUUUGGAUUGAGUGAAUCUCCAGACACCAGUAGUAGUUCCUUUGAUUUUGCAACUUUGGACGCGAGUGUAGAUAAUGUAAGCACUGGAGGAGAUUUGACCUAUAUUGAACCUACUUCUUCGAAUAAUUUUUCAAAAAAGAAUAUUCUCACAGAAGAAUUUGCAAAUGUUCAACAUCAAUUUGGAAGUAUUGAAUCAUUGAGAGCGACGUUUUUACAAUUUAUUUCCAAUCAGACUGGAUUGAAUUCAUCAACGUCGAAAACUUAUUCGAACACUCCUGUACGAAUUUUAGAAAAUGAGUUACUGAUUGAGUUAUAUUUUAUGGAUUUCAUGUAUGGAAAUAGCUCUGGAAAAUUGUCUAGAAAACUCACAAAUUCAUCAUCGAUUUUGUCUCAUUUAGAUUCAUUUUGUAAAUUUUUACUUUCCAAGUUCGAUCGCCAAUCUCAAUUGUGGAGAGACAUUAUCGAAGAUCAGGCAUCUCACUUGAAAUACCCAUUUUUAGAAUGUAUGGUAGUCGAAGCCAUUGAUAAUGAAGAUGAAAGUCAGCCAUGGAUGACUCAUCAAAGACUUGGUCAAUUCUUAAAGCAUUCGCACGAGUAUUAUGUGAAGAGCGUGAGUGAUCUACCCGAAGACUUUCAAGCAGGACAACUCAAAAAACAAAUUCAAAUGCUUUGUGACAUGUUUUAUGUUGAACUCGACGAUUACUUUAUGAUCUUUCAAAGUAAGAAUUACAAAUAUAUGAAACAAUGGAUUAGUGAAGGUCUCAAACACAAAGUUCUUCCAAAUCAUGUCAUUGAGUUGUACAGAAAAGAUAAGGAAUAUCAUGACAAGAUGCAAAGCGAUUUUAAAAUCACACCAGAAGAUUUCACAGUCGAUCACGUCAUUGACAGAGAUUGGAAAUUUAUGAAGUAUUUUUGUAAUGAUUUCUCAAGUCAUUGGUUUUUGACAUUUAGCCAAAUUGGAAAAGUCACUUAUUGGAACAGUUUUUCAGAUUUCUCAACGGACAAUCUUAGUUUAAGAAUGAGUAAGGUUGUUGGAUAUUUUGAUUAUCCAAUCGAACACGUCGCCAAAGCACUCGCUAACGAUGAUCAUUUACAAUACCAAUUCAAGAAUAUGAAAUGGUCGUCCUACAGCUCCAUUAAUGAGUCCAAUUCAUUACACAAAUAUCCUUCUGUGCUCAUGUCUGGCUCCUUUGACUCUGGUUCCUUAUUCCUUUCAAGAUCCAUUCAACUGGUAUUUUCUACAAAAUGUAAUUUUUGUGAGGACGAACUCGUUGAAGUUCAAACGUUUUUCAAAACAUGUGACGUUAUGAAAGAAAAGUCAAAGAAGGAUCUCAUCAAAAUUAAGAUGCCUCUAUUGGGAAUGAGAAUUUUAACAAAAUUGGAUAAUCACAGAACGCGAUUUGUUGAAGUGAGAUUUAGCAAUUUAGGAGGUUUGCUCAACUCGAAAAUUGUUCUCUUCAAUCCAUUGACUUCGAAAAAAACAUGCUUGGAAACUUAUCAAGGUUUAUUGGACGCGAUUAAAAGAAGUGAACAGCAGGGAUUUCCAUUACCAUCGUCUGAAACGAACAAUUUAAUGAGACUUUGGAAAGAAUAUUGCAAACAUUAUUUCAAUAUGGACAUUGGUGAAAAGUAUAAAUGA